GUGCCAUCGAUAUUGCUGGCAGUAGUGCAGUUCACGUCGUUGGUGGCGUCAGUGGACUGGUGGCGACAAUAUAUCUAAAACCAAGGUCCGGGAUAUUUCAAGGAGAUCGCAAUGGCGAGAAGCUAAACCAAAUGGCUUCCCCCACAAAUGUUUUGCUCGGCACGUUCAUGCUGUGGUGGGGAUGGCUUGGCUUUAACUGUGGAAGUACAUUUGGUAUUAGUGGAGAAAAGUGGAAACUUGCAGCGAGGUAUGUUUGGGAGAUGGACGUUGUGGGAAUGCAAUGACGAAGGGUUGAAGCAAUUUUACCCAGGACGAGCCGAAGCAAUCUUAAAAUCUGGAGUCGGUAGAGCGCUAUUUUCAGCAAUUUGGUCGGUCUUUUUAUCAAGUUUUGUGAUUUUCAAUGAUCUUUUAAUUAUUGCUAAACUCCUUGGUAAUGAUAUCAUGUCGGUCUAGUCCAUAUACACCUCCAGCCAAAUCGAAAACUUUCCCAGGUUAUGGAAACUUAUGAAAACUUUCAACGGCUUAUGCUUAAGACUUUAGCAGUGAUGACAUGUUCCAGACUUGUCACAAAAACCGAGAACAGCCAGUGCAAACACAUCCCGAUAUUGGCUUGACAUCAACCUUAAUUGUUACAACUUGCUAUAAUACGAAAUAAUUUCAAAAAAUAUUUUAAAAAAGUUUAAAAAGGCGGAAAAAAGUUAAAAAAGUUAGAUUUUCAAAAAAGUUUAAAAAGUUAGAUUAGCUAGGGUUAGUGGUUAGGGGUUAGUGGUUAGGGGUUAGUGGUUGGGGUUAGGGGUUAGGUGCCGCGAAUUUAUCAUAAUGAUAAAUUCGGACGUGUUUAAGAAUUUACUCAUAUAGUAAGGCAAAGGUUGGAGCUCAUGCUGAUAACUUAAAUCGUUAUCCUACUGAGUUUAAUGAAGAAUGAGCUGUUUAAUUUGUCACAAUACUUUUACUGAAUAGAAGAGUAAAAUAAUUAAUAUUUACUUUGUUGAACGAUGGCGUCAUCCCACGAGUAUACCACAGUCCACAAGCCAAAUUGCGAUAUACGAUUGUGCAUGUGCUUUGUCCUUGGAUUGCAUUUAUAUAUCCAGCAAAUUUGGUGACGGGUUACAGCGAGUAAAAUGCUAGCUGAGCUUUUGCGAUUCGUUGUUGACCAUCCAAGUCAAUCGUUUUGUUUUUACAAUAGAUCUGCCGUAUGUACGAUUAAUGGGUCAAUUGGAGGAGGAAUCGCAGGGAUGUUUUACAGGUGCGUAUAGAAUUUUUUUAUCUAAUCGUGACUGGUGUGUUAAUAGGUGUAUUAUAUGACAUUUCGAACACUCAAUAAUUCAUAAGCUUAACAAAUCAUGUCAACCAUGAUAGUCACGUGCAGUGGCUUUAAACCUGAUAAAACACUCCUAAUUAGUAUUCUUUAUAUAAAGAAUACUAAUAAGGCAAUAUCCAUUGUAGUCGUGUCCUCAUAAGUAUUCUUUAUAUAAAGAAUACUAAUAAGGCAGUAUAUCUAUUGAAUUUGUAGUCGUGUUUGAAGCCGUUUAAUAAACUCGCAGAUCGUGUUUUAUUAGGUAUAAAGCCACUCGCGCUGCGCGCUCGUGUCUUUAAACCUAAUAAAAUACUCCUGCUCGUUUAUUAAACAGUACAUUGUACUCAUUCUCGUCGUAUAUGGUUGAUAGGCAACUCGAUCGGUGUUACGCACCUCGUCGGCUAUUAUAGCUCAUCGAGAGUAGAAAGUCAAUAAAUAACAAUUUAUUUAGUUGAGCAAAUUCAGACAGUUGUCAAGAAGAUUUUAACCCAAUCCAAAAGGCAAAAUGUACAAUGAAAUUUCUGUGCAAUUUGAUUGAUGCAUGUUAACUUAAUUAAUUCAAAAUAUCAAUAUGGAACGUCACUCAAACAAACCUCCAAUAAAAUAGUAUGUUUCUUUUUUUAGUUAUAUAUUUUACAAGAACAAGUUAAACGUUCAAAUAUUUGUGACUGGACUGCUCGGUGGUCUUGUUGGAGUAACUGGUAAUCCUAUGGAUGUUUAUUCUUCACAAAUUAAUCAUACUAAGAUUGUAAUACAUACAGUAUAAUCAUUCAACAUUUUGCCCUUCCCGUAUGAUUCACCUGUAUGCUGUGCAGAAAUUUCUAUAUAGUUAAAGCCAAUAGCAAUCAAGCGUCUUUCACCUCAGAGAAUUGUGCGUUCGAUUCUCGCUGCGGACGCACGACAAAGAAAGAAGCCAGUCAACGCUCUACCGAAUUCGUGGGUUUUCUCCGGAUAAGUCUCCGGUUUACCGCCACAGAGAAUGUUGACAGGGUGGUUUCGGUCAAACUGACUCUUCCACCACAGCUGUGUAAUAUGAGUACUUAUAAGGUGGCUGCCAUGCUUCGACUCGAUCAAGUUGAGCAGCGUUCUUCGCAAUUCAUUUCUCAGCUGCAAGUAAGGAUGAUUAGCACACCCCUAUGGUAUUUACUAAUUGUAUGUUAAAACAUGAUUAUUUUGUCCAUAUUUCCAGCUAUAUGUGCCAUUACCAGACCAAGUUAUGCGCUAGUAAUCGGAGCAAUUGGCAGUUUGGUUGCUUGUACAAGCUGUAAAAUACUGGAACGACUCCGUAUUGACGAUCCGGUCGGCUGCGUUCCUGUUCACCUUUGUUCCGGAGCCUGGAGUCUGAUUGCUGUCGCUUUCUUCUUAGAGAAAGACAAAUCGGGAAAAUUUUCUUCUCAUUACGUGAUGGUGCACAACGGGAGGUGGAAUUUGCUCGGAGCUCAAGUUGCGCUUACCAUUGCAUCAUGUCUGUGGUCAGCUUGUGUAACUUUGAUUCUUCUAGCAAGUAUUAAUCUCGUUGUUCCAAUACGAAUGAGCCUGGAAGAUGAAUUGAAAGGUUCUGAUAGAUGUGAGCAUGGUAUAAUACUACCCGGCACUUUCGAGAACACCACAGAACAUUCUGCAUACGGAACCAGGACAUUUUCUCGUAAAGACUGGGAGAACCAAAAUUCUUCUAACCAAGCUGGAACUUCAAAUUCAAGUGCUUCAGGACCAGGUAGCACCGCAAGUGACAUGACUAAUGAACAUGAAUGUGAAAAUGGAGGCGAUUUAGAAAUCCAUAGAUCUCGUUUAUGUAUUUCAGAAGAGCCUAAGUUAAGCAUUGUAGCAGACAAUGAUAACCAACAGACCAAUGGACAGUCCAACGUUGGAUUUAACACUGACUUCUGA